GGGCCGAGACCGGCAACCCGCCGGCAGGGGUUGCGCGGCCACGAGGGCCGUCUCUUCGCCGCUGGCACUCAUGAAGGGGCUUGCCAGCCUGCUGUCCGCGGUUGCAUUGUUCCGAAUAUUAUGAAGCAGACAGCCUGUGAAGACAGCUCACUGAACGGCGCUGGUGUAGCUGUCUGGAAAGGAGAUAUCUGGGCCACGUCUCCGCGCUUCCUCAGACAAAACGCGCUUCUCAAGCAAACUUAACCAGGCCGGCAAGCGGGACCAUGAGUAGUACUUGGCUAACGGCUCUCAUCCUGACGACCUUGUGCGCCUCCCAGAGCCUGGCGCAUCCACACAUCAGGUCGUUCGCGGCCAGCUCUUUCCAAGAGAUGAGUACGGGUCCAAACGGUAUAGUGCUGGGCCGACAAGGUUACCAUGACUCGAGGGGUCAUGGGCACUUCAUCUCCUACACGGUGGACAAAGGCGGCCAGGUUCACAUUCGACAAGAUCCCACUGGAAAGGUUUUCCUGACUAACCUGGAGAAGACACCAUUCCCGCAUGCCUUUCACUUGUUCAGGUCACUGCUAACUCCCGAUUUUGGUCUGUCUUCGUUGAAACUUCUACCGCGAUUCCACCAGCCAUUUCUGUGCCUUUUGAAUCCUUGCAGCAGCGAUUCUUACACCAACCGGCAUGAUGAUGAGUACAUGAGGAUGAUGCAUGGCAUUGCUUAGGCCAACAUGACGCACCUACCUACGAGAAUUGUCAAUACCUUAGCAUGGCAACUUGCCUGGCUUUUGUUUUAUAUUUAUCCAUGACAUAAGUAUCUUCAACAGGAGGUCCCGAUACAGUCCUCGACUAUGGGACCUCCUUUUGUAUACUAUACACAUGUAAUUUCCUGUAUUUUUACCAAUAAAUAAAUUACGAAAUUACCAAUAAAUAAAUUAUGAAAUAAAAAAGGAGACAAAGAUGGACGGGGUUCAUUGGUCUUAUGUUUUUUUCGCGCUUGCCUGGAAAUUUCAAUCGCCGUUCGUUACGUGAACGCAGCCAAUUUUUCUUUCUUUCUUUUUUUUCUUUUCUUUGGCGGGGCGACGAUGGGGGAAGGAGAGGGCCUUGUUUCCAGUGCCCUCCCUCCUCGCCUUGCUACGCCGCUGAACGCAGCCACGAGUCCCACGACACGUGAAUAUUUUAUAGAAUGGCUACAUAAACCAUACUUUGAGGCACAUAUUUAAGCCAUGAGUGAAGGAAAACGCUUCUCAAAUCUUCAAACUUUAUAAAAAACGCAAAAGAAAAAGCGGUCAUUAGCGCGAGACGAUGCUCAAACGCAAUUUAUGUUUGAACUUCCCGCCUUAGCAAGUAUUGCCCUUCUACAGGUGAUUACUAUUCAAUAUGCCAGUAAUAAGCAAUAUGUAGAAGACAACAUUUAAAUUAAUUCCAGGUUUGAUCCGGUCUGUUUUAGUUCAAGUUGCUUUUGUUAUGUACGAGGUCAUGUGCAUUCCUGAGUAGUGUCAACGAGACCUUGUAGAUGGCAGCACCAUAUGCACAACAAACUCGCUCGCCCAACGAUAUUGCGAUUACGGCUACCUUCGAAGUUCGUAACAGGAUAAACUGGCUCCCGUUACCGCAUCUUCCUGUGCCACUUUUUCGAUGGCGGAAAGUGAGCUGAAGCGUAUUUGCCUGCGACCCAGAACUUGGCCCAGCGGCAGACUGUUGUGCUCUUAACCCACUUGAGCCGUCGCAUGGAAGUGACAUCGUGACAGAUUGUGCAUGAAGGCUCGCUGUGCAAACCGGUGAAACCAUGGACGACCAAGAUCUAGCGAUCUUGUGUUUCCAGCACUGCGAGAAGCGUGCCAACGUUUUGUGUCUGCGGCUGCCUAAGUGUUGUCCGAUUUGUGGCCUGGAGCUCGAAAACGCCGAACUGCGAGUGCCUCCGUUCAGGAUACCGUAUCCUUUCAGAAACACGCAGAAAUCUCCGUGCUGUGUUGUGAUCAAGCCGUCGAAAGGCGACUUUCUGCAUCUGCAUUCGAGCUCACUGGACCUGCACACGGGAGUGACGGACUCCAAUGGUCAAGUGCACGAGUAUGACAAGGAAGGGCUCAAAGUUGCCAAACAACCCAUGUGGUCACAGUGCAUUGCUGUCCCAGUCAUUACAGAUGAGGGAACAGCCUGGCAUGAAUUCUGGGAUUACACUUUAUCCGUUACUGAAAGCCAGGAUGCCUGGGACAGCAAGCGAUACAAUGAAACGGAGCACAACUGCUACUCCUUUGUGAUAGCCUUCUUGCGAAACCUGCAGAUACCACAGCUGCGGCCAUCACUGAAGGACAAGCUGACCUUCUCCUCUGAUUUUCUUGUCCCCAAAACCAGGAAUGUUGCCCGGUACAUUGCGCUCUACAGAAAACUUCUGCAAGAUGAAUUCACAGAAAGAUGCCAAGUAUGCUUUGCUUGGUGUUUGAAGAGAGUUUGGUCAGAGUUCUCGGUCAGAGCUCUUGUCUCAUACUGGAAGCUACACAGCGGAGAAGCUAUGAGAGCAAAAAAGCCUUGGCCGAAAGUUGAGUGUCAUGGUGGCAAAAGUGCUUGUUGCGGCAUGCCAUGGCAGCCACGAUAGACUAUGCUACGCACAACGCUGCUGCCAUGUCGGAGGCCAAGCACGGCAGAUGCAGCUACGUGUAAUGUAAAGAUGAAAUGAUUUUUCUGUCUUUUUGAGAUUGCAGACAAAUACUCUUUAUUUAUUUAGCUCAAAAGUUAGCAAUUAUGUAUUACUGAGAAUGUUCUCGUGAUCACGAAAUCGGCCAAUAGUAUCUGCCAGCUGCUUUCGAUGAUGACAUUGCAGAUGCAAAAGUAAGCGACCAUUCACUGUUUUUGACAUGGUAUUGCAAACUCCCUGCUGCAUUCAGUGCAAUAAUAUUUGGCUCACAUGUUCACAGGAGCCUUGUUAACAGAUCGGCAACAUUUUUUUACUAUGUUCAAAAAGUGUUUCAGGGCCCCUUUAAUUUUUCUUUGGAUGCUUCAUUUUCUGGCAUCUGCUGCGUUCCUUGCUGGCAGUAUUUCCUCGACAGUGCAUACUGGUGCCAAUGAGAUUAUGGUCUAGUUGGUGGAGCAUAGGUUUAUGAAUAUAUUAGGGUUUUAAACAGAUGCAGCUGCCUGCAGGCCAUAUGAAUGCAUGAUGCUGUUGAAUGUGGCUUGUAUGGCGCUCUUGAGUGUUUACUAACUCCCACUAUAAUUUCUCCUUGCAUUGAGCACCUGUCCCCAUCUGAGAAACUCAUCACGUUGGGGUCUGUAGAAACUAUGGGUUGCAUACACUGCCUGGUGACUGACAUGAACUUGAGACUCUCCUCUGUUGCUGGCUUUACUCUUCGUACAGAAUUUCCUUCUCGAUAAUGCCUUUUCAAUAGCAGCAGACAUAAUUUAGCAAGACUCUGCAGGAGGUUGACUGCAAUGGAGUUUACUCAGUCAUGCAAGCAUUUAUAAAUUGAUUAAAUUAUGAGGUUUUAAAUUCUAGAGCCAUGCCUAGACUGUUGGAGAUGUUGUAGUGGUUGACACCGCACUGAUUUUGUGACCUGAAAUCCUUUGAGUUGCACUUAGUAGGUAAAUGGGUGUCUCUGCAUGUUGUCACAGCCAGAAUGAGGUCGGCAAGCAUUUGCACAUGCAAUGUUCAGCUCUGAAUCUCUUUCUUGCAUAGUCAUUAUGAGAAGGGGAAUAAUAAUAAAGGAUGUUCAUACAGUUCAUAAGUGGAAGAAGAUCAUAUUUACUUGGCUUUUGCUUACUUGCUUUUCUUGGUUUUGCUCUUUACAAGAUAGCACACUUAAAACCAAUUUCUGACUCAUUUUUUUUUUUGUAUUAAAUGAAGCUCGCCACCCUCUAAACCCCAGAAAAAAAGACUGGCAAGCCUUAGAGUGCCCUGAAUAAUUUAACCUAAUAAAUAAAUUAUUAAAUAAAUAAUUAAAUAGGUAAAUAAAUAAUAGCUUUUCUAUAGUCAGUUUUGGUUUCCCGGAGAUUACUCUGUCAUGACGUCAUAACGCAGAAUGUGCUCGCGUGGGAGCAGAACAUUGUGACGUCUUGACAUUCAAUGCAGUAUACUCAGUUAUCUCCUAUGCUGCUACUCGCUGUGAGCACCGAUGUAGCACCAUAGCAGACAAUAAAGCGUGCUGGAGCAAGUCAAAAUGUCGCAGUGUCCUGCUUCCGUGUGAUCGAUGACUUCAUGAAACUGUAACUCCCUGACAAAUGAAAUGGAAUAUUGCUGUAAAAGAGCUGUUAUUUCAAAUUAUUUAGGGUGCUCCGAGGCUAGUGAGUAUAUUGUCCAGGAUCCUGGGUCUUCAUUCCAUGAAAAAAAUAUGAGAGUUACGGAAAUCUAACAUUAUGCCUUUAAAUAACAGCCUGAAGAUCUGAACUACAAACAGCACUGUCAGUUUCAACUUGCGUGCAGUUUUAAACUUGAGGCACUGCGUGUUUAAUUUUCUUAUAUUUUGACAUUACGAGAUAAUGUUUGGAAUUUUCCCUAUAUUAUUUUCUUGUAUCUGUACAACGUGUACACAAUAAAUUGCUGCCAGUGUUCAUCUUGUCAGUUCUGUAGUACAUUCCUCGUAAAAGUGCCUUUUUGGCCAUAUGAGGCAAUAGGUGGAUAUCUUGAGAAUAUGUUGUGAUGAGCUUUACUGUAGACAAAUUGCUGCAUAAUUGAUCUUUUUAUAUAUACUACAUGAAAAAAUACAAACAAAAUGAAGACAAUAUAAAUUUGUGAUAUGUCUGGUGCUAAAUUCAUUGAAAGACAUAAAAUUUGACUUGCAUGUAAAAUUUUUAAGGAGGCAUACAGGUAAAGCCCUUUGAGUGUUGUUUCUGCGGUUGUCCAGGGAUGUGGUUGGGGCACAAAAAAUGGACAAUGCGCAUUCAUUUGGCUCAUGGCCCAAACUGGUCAUGUCAGUUGAUGCGAGAAGCGCUGUUAGUGGGUGCCUGCAGAGAAGACACAUCGGAGAGAAGCAGGAGUUGCAUCUGAGCUAAUAGCAGAAAGAUCAUAUAAAUAAACAUGCAGAUAUAAUGCAGAUGUUGGAAUUUAUGUGAAGGAACGCUUUAGUGAAGCAGAAAAGUAAAUGUUUUGCAGCUGAGGGCAAUGCAUACAAUUGUGUUUACCUUCAUCCUUUGCAACGUGUAGGCUCUUAGAAUGUUUGUGUUUAUCUACCACAAAGGUCACGACUUUGUUCUCAUUCAAUUUUUAUGCUUAUACACAUCUCUCGCAAGCUAUGCUGAAAUACACUAUCCCCAUCCAGUAGAUGAACAUUGUGAGACGUAUACCCAGCACCGUAUCAAAGAUGAAGGUUAUGUCCUAUAAUGCUUGUGGAUGGAAGAUGCCUCUGUGGCAAUGUGCAGUUGGGAGCCGGUCACACUAACCACUGGGCUUUGUUUGAACAUCUGCACUUGGAAAAUGGCAACUUGUGCAGGGAUCUGUGGGUUUUACUGACUGCCAGAGUAGCAGCAUCUGCACAUGUAUUUCGGAGGCCACAGCAGACAGUACUGUAGGAAACAAAAACGACAUUGUGUACAUCACAAAGAAGUUGUUCUUGAGAGUAUGGCUGUGUUUGUUGUGAGAUUUUGCUGUUGUCGCAGUGAAUGAGUUCAGAGCCGGAGGAAUCACUGAAGUCUGCUGAUUUUUUGCACUCCCAAAGGAGCAACAAAAAGCGUAGAUGAGAAGGGGAGAAAUUUCUUCUGAGAUUACAAAUUAUAUGUGGUUUAUUGUGUGGAUUAAAAACAAUAAUUUUAAUUGCCUGAACUCAUCGUAAUUCUUUGUGACUCAGAUUUUUUGCCAUGUUGAUGGUGCUCUAAUUUUACUGAAUAGUGUAGCAGCUGGCCUCCUUUACUGCCGAAGCUCCUCAUUUGGCAUCUGCAUUCAAGCCCACAGCUUCUAACUGGCUAUCUGCCCCCGUCUCAAAGCAGCUGAUCUGAUUGUCAAAGUAGAAAUUCCCGGCAGCCACUUUGCGCGGUCAGUUGCAGCAAAUGUGUUUUGACAUUUGGGUGCAUAAAGCCAUUAGGACUGGAUUCACAAAAAGCUGAUGCUUCACUUGGGGUAUCAAAGUAUCUGGUCAUGCUGAUGCUCCCUAUUUAAAAGACAGAAGCAUGUGGGACUCUGCAAGAUUUGCACAUUUUUGCCCUGUAAGUCAUACCAUUAAUAAGUUUCUACAGUAUCUUGUUCACAUAGUUUUGUGCCAUUGAGGUCAAGUUAUCUAACACAUUGUAGUUACGUGAAUUAUUAUGUUCAAUACUAUGGAGUCCUGCUGAGGUCAUAUGACUAGAAAAUAACUGCUGGCAAAAUAAAAUGAAGAAAAAGAUAUGAGUCAUAAGAGGCCCAAAAUUUGCUAUUUUUUGAUAACUCCUAGUACAAACUAUUAGUGCUCGGAAGUGUUAUUUAGUGGGUUUGUUUGAACACGCAGAACAUUCCCUUUUCCACAUGUAUGAUUCAAGGGAGUUUGUUGAGUGGGAAUUAAUGUUGUGAGCUCGUACUGACAUUUAUGUUGCCCUAAAUACCUUUUGAGAAUGGGAAAUAUAUUCAGCUGGUUGAUUGUUGCAUUAUCAUGCACCUUCUUGUGUAGUUGAUUUGAAAAAGGUAUGGGGCACUUAGCCAACUCCCUUGUGCUAAGAAAGGGGAAUUAGACUGGAUGCAUUAACCAUUUUAUUGGCGCAUGUAUUUUGUGCGCACACACAUUUGUCCCAUCAUGACUUUUAUUUCAAAAGGAAGUCUUUGCUCUUCAUUAAAAUGUGUUCAAUUCAUAAAGCCCGGUUCCCCAUAAGCGAAUGGUUGUGGCACCAUUUCAUGUGCUUUCGUGUGAUGCAUAUAGUAAAAUGUCACAUUCCCACCUAUAUUUUUAACUGCCAACAUAUUGUAAAACACAUGCUCACUUUUGAAGGUGUUUGCAAUGAAUAAAAUUGUAUUUUUUACAAUAUC